AUGUCAGGCAGAGGCAAAGGCGGGAAGGGGCUCGGUAAGGGCGGCGCCAAGCGCCACCGUAAAGUGCUGCGCGACAACAUCCAGGGCAUCACCAAGCCGGCCAUCCGCCGCUUGGCUCGGCGUGGCGGCGUGAAGCGCAUCUCGGGGCUCAUCUACGAGGAGACGCGCGGCGUCUUGAAAGUCUUUUUGGAGAACGUGAUCCGCGAUGCCGUCACCUAUACCGAGCACGCCAAGAGAAAGACGGUGACAGCCAUGGACGUGGUCUAUGCUCUGAAGCGCCAGGGGAAACAGUCUAAAAUUGUGCUCCCUUUUCGAUCUGGUAAGAUUGCGAUGGCCCGCACGAAGCAGACGGCGCGUAAGUCCACGGGCGGGAAGGCUCCCCGCAAGCAGCUGGCCACCAAGGCGGCCCGCAAGAGCGCGCCGGCCACGGGCGGCGUGAAGAAGCCGCAUCGGUACCGUCCCGGCACGGUGGCGCUGCGCGAGAUCCGGCGCUACCAGAAGUCGACGGAGCUGCUGAUCCGCAAGCUGCCCUUCCAGCGCCUGGUGCGUGAGAUAGCGCAGGACUUCAAGACCGACCUGCGCUUCCAGAGCUCUGCUGUAAUGGCGCUGCAGGAGGCGAGCGAGGCCUACCUGGUGGGGCUCUUCGAGGACACCAACCUUGCCGUCGUUGCGGUGAUGUCAGGAAGAGGCAAAGGCGGGAAGGGUCUCGGCAAGGGCGGCGCCAAGCGCCACCGCAAAGUGCUGCGCGACAACAUCCAGGGCAUCACCAAGCCGGCCAUCCGCCGCUUGGCUCGGCGUGGCGGCGUGAAGCGUAUCUCGGGGCUCAUCUACGAGGAGACUCGCGGUGUGCUGAAGGUCUUUCUGGAGAACGUGAUCCGUGAUGCCGUCACUUAUACGGAACACGCCAAGAGAAAGACGGUGACCGCUAUGGACGUGGUCUAUGCGCUGAAACGCCAGGGCCGCACUCUCUACGGUUUCGGCGGUUAAAAGCUUUCACUCCCGUGUACAUUUCACGAACCCAAAGGCUCUUUUAAGAGCCACCCACUUUAUCUUUCGAAAGAGCUGUGUCGCCGAUUUCGGGUUUUGCUUGUACCUUUUUCGGUCGUUCCCCGUCUUUGUUUUUUUUUUUUUUU